CUGGACACAUACAUAGAUCGACCACUACACACGACGAGCUACCUACCUAGUCCUACGCCAUCAGUGUUUCCAUGAGUGGUUUCACCUUGCUGUUCCACUCGUCCGCCCAGCUGCCCGGCCGGCGCUCAGCCGCACACUGACGCAGACGACACAGCCGGGGGGCCCCGCCAGGGCUGUCGUGAAAACCCUCCAGCACCGACGUCAGCCUGCAACAAACCAGAGAAACGUGCACGAGCAGGUCUACGGGUCUCUGUUCGUUGAGUGGUUUUCUUCCUUACGCCGUUGCGAGCGACGCGGCAUCGUCGAAGAAGAGGGCGUUGUGGCCUUCAUGGAGCAGCUAAGGGAAGGACACAGCACAGCACAGCACGGCACGGCACAGGUGACUCUAUGAGGUAUGUAUGAUGUCCAUCUACCUCUGCCAGUGUGGGGAAGCCGUGUGCGAGGAUGGGGAGGCCGCACCCCAGCAUGUCGACGGCCUUCAUCGGCAGAUCAAGACCUGCACGCCACGCACCACCAACAGCCAACACACAGUCAUUGCAUUGCGGGCUCGCUCGGUCGCUAGCUGGUUUGCUCUCUGACUGACCGGAAGAUGAGUAGUGCAGACAGAGACCCAGAUCAGCACACCCCAGCAACCUGCACACACAACCAGACAGACCAGCUAGCUGCACGAAUCACGGGCUUCCAGAAGCCCCCUGCUCACUUGGGGUAGUCCUCUGCGGGUGCGAAGACGGUCCGUAUAUGCACCCCCCUGAAGCGAUGCCGGCUGGCACUCCGAAGCCACGAUGCCUUCAGGGGCCCCUUGCCCGUGAUCAACACAACCACCGGUGGCAGCCGACUCCCCCACCUCUCAGCCGCGUCAUCAUACUUGACCAGCGCCUCCAGCAGCAGGCCAAAGUCUUCAUCCGCCGUCCAGCUGGUGGACGUCACCAUCAGCGCCGGCCUCCCCUCCCGCCACACCACCCGCCCCCUUCCCCUUCCCCUGUCUGCGCACUCCACAGCUGUCAAGACCGACACCUCCCUCACGGAUCGAUCCACCCCGGCCGGCCAAGCAACCUCAUCCCCUGACGCCUCUGCGAGCACAUCCGCGAAUGCCGAGUGGUGGCCUGGCUGCAGGUCGGCGUCGGGGGAGGACGACUCGAGUGAUUGGCCAAGAUAGCGGAAGAGGGUGUCGUGUUUGGCCGACAGGGGGAGGGGCGUGAAGGUGUCUGGGGGUCGGUCGUAGAGGACGAUUGGGGGUGGCCGGACCGACCAUCGUGUGGAGAGGUCGGUCUGCAUGGCCUGGGACACGCAGAAGGAGGCGCGAGCUAGACCACCAAACAACUGAAGCAACGACAGACACACGACAGACAUGAUAUCCAUAUGAUGCAUGCCAUGCGCACCGCACCUACCCGUUCAACCGCAGCGGACACUCUGACCAGCCCCCUGCCGACCGCUCCCCUCGUCUGCAUCCCCAGCGCCAGCAACGAGUAGCCGUAGUUGUGCCAAUCCACGACCAACGCAGCGCCUCUCACCACACUCACAGCCCACAGCACAGGCAGGGACGGAAUCGAAGGCGGGUUCUGCUGGACUAUCACCUUCAGUCCCGGCACCUCCCAACCCACCACACGCACCAGCGACCACACCUGACCCACCACCUUUACCGCCGCAAACGCCAGAAACAGAGCACCGGGGAACUUCUUGCGGUGGCGGUCGACCCAUGGUGCGGGAAUGGGCGUGAUGUGGAUGCCCGCGUCGCUCAGAAUGCGCGGAUGGCAGGGGGUGUCGUCAUAGCCCACGAGGUGCACUCGAUAGCCGGCCUGCGCCAGGCACCAUGCAUGGUUCUGCAUUCGUGGGCUGCGGCCGAGGUCGCCCAAAACAACCACUGCAACGGUGGGCGACGAGGUGGCGCGGCGCUGCUGAAACGAUGCCCGAAACAGAGCCACGACGGCCACUGCAAUGAAGAUGGUUGCGAGAAGGACGACAUAUGCCGGCAGCCCCGUGGGGUGCGCCUCAUCGGCCACCAGCAUGAGGGAUAGCAGGCGGCGGAUGGCCAUGGGAGAUCCUCUGCAGACCGGAGGUAACUAACAAUGAAGAGGACGUCGUCGUUUCACGUAGAUGCGCAACGAGAUCAAUAAGUAGUCGAGAGAAUGCAGUAAUGCAGGGGAAGGAUCCCUUUAAGGAUCCCUUUCUCUCCUCUUUC